UAGGUGGGUGAUAAUUCUGCCUGCAGUACACAUCUUCGCGCAGGAGACUCGAACGCCUCGUAUACCUCGCAUUCUCGUUUACUUGUUCUCACUCGCGUCCGUCGCAGAUCACACCGGCGCACCGCCACUGCACCGCGUCACCGCCCAUGCGAACAGCCUCCUAAAGAGCCCCGCGACGCCCCUCGCUGAAUCAACUUCAGCGGUGCACCAUGUUCGGCUUCCUCACCAGCCGCUGGCAGUCGGCCACGCCCCAGGCGAAGACCACUCCGACCUGGUUCGCCCACUCCGUCUCGCCCAUCCUGCUCUCGGUCGCAAAGAAAGCAUGCACCCACCCGAUCCACACCAUCGUCACAAUCGCCUUCCUCGGCAGCUACUCGUACCUGGGCGUCCUGGACAAGGGCCUGCUGGACACCGAGGAUGCGCACACCGGGCGCGUUGACCUGCAGACACUGUUGGCUGGCAGCAAGCAGCUGCGCGUGGGAGAGGAGACGAACUGGCAGUGGCAGGUCGAGGAGACGAGCGCUGGCGUACAGGCGCGGGAGCUUGCCCUCAUCACCCUCGUGUUCCCCGAGUCCAGCACCAUCAACUCGGCGCCCUCGCAGCACUCGGUCCCGAGCAAUGUCUCGGUCGAGCGCCUCCCCAGCUCCUCGAGCUCCUUCUCGACGCUGUCGCAAGACACCUCGCUCGCCUACUCGAUUCCCUACACCGAGGCCUCGGACUUCCUCAUGGCCAUGCAGGAGAUCUCUGCGCCCGCCGAUGUCGCAGACGCCCAGGGCUCUGACAAGGAGGGCACACGCGAGGAGAAGAAGUGGAUGAUGCGCGCCUCCAAGAACGGCAGUGCUUCAGGGGGUGUGCGCAAUUGGAUUAACGAUUCGUGGACUUCGUUCGUCGAUCUGCUCAAGAACGCUGAUACAGGCGACAUCAUCAUUAUGGCACUCGGCUACCUCGCAAUGCACUUGACAUUCGUCUCGCUGUUCCUCGCAAUGAGGCGACUAGGGUCCAACUUCUGGCUCGCGACAGCCGUGCUCCUCCAGUCGGCGUUUGCGUUCCUGUUCGCUCUCGGUAUCACAGUCUAUCUUGGUGUACCUAUCAACAUGAUUUUGUUGUCUGAGGGUUUGCCUUUCCUGGUCGUCAUCAUUGGAUUCGAGAAGCCUAUUGUUCUGACAAAGGCUGUACUUUCGGCUGCCAUCGACGCUCGCCGAGCUGCAGAGGACAACCGCGGAGAGCCCGUCACUAUUCAGUCUGCCGUCCAGGUCGCCAUCAAGAGGACAGGAUUUGAGAUUGUGAGGGACUACUUCUUCGAGAUCCUGAUCUUGGUCGCAGGAGCCAUGUCUGGAAUCCAAGGUGGACUGCGACAGUUCUGCUUCUUGGGCGCAUGGAUUCUGUUCUUCGACUCCAUUAUGCUUUUGACCUUCUACACCGCGAUCCUUACCAUUAAGCUCGAGAUCAACCGUAUCAAGCGCCACGUAGCACUGCGACGUGCAUUGGAGGAUGAUGGCAUUGACGGCAAGGUCGCUGAGAACGUAGCUCGCAGCAGCGAGUGGCCCAGCAACUCCGGCGAUGUCCAGCUUCGCUCGAACACCACCACCAUCUUUGGCAAGAAGAUCACUGUCCCGAAGUUCAAAGUCAUCAUGGUUGCUGGUUUCUUCCUCGUCAACUUCCUUAACCUUGCUACCUACCGUUUUGGCCUUACACAGACCAAGGGUGCCCAUGUAUCCGGUGUUGGCGCCUCGCCUCCUCUUGAUCCCUUCAAGGUUGCUGGAAGUGGACUGGUCCAUAUCCUCGAGCAGGCUAAGAGCACAGGAGUCACCACCCUUGUCACAGUACUGAUGCCCAUCAAGUACGAACUCGAGUACCCUUCCAUCCACUACGCUGAGCCCAGCGUCAUCGAGUCCGACUCGGCCUUCGGCGCAAACAUCAGCAAUCACAUCGUUGACGGUGUUCUCAAGAGUCUUGAAGACCCGUUCCUCAGCAAAUGGAUCGUGCUGGCUCUUGUUAUGAGCGUGGUGCUCAACGGCUAUCUCUUCAACGCGGCCCGUUUGACUAUCAAGGAACCCCACAAGGCACUCGAGCCGCCCUCGCCGUCAGAGAUCCAGGACGGAGCUCCUUCCACCACACAAUCCCGCAUCCCCUCCAUGUCUGUUCCUACACCCCCAAGGACCCCUGGCCCUGAGGAUCAGGCUGGCCGUGGUGGCAUCAAGCCACUCACAGAGAUCGCGCCACGAUCCAUUCCCCCGCAGCAAAGACUCCAGGUCGACAUUCCUGCCGGCCCUGCCGACUACCAACAGAAGCAGCCUAACCGAUCCAUGGAAGUCCUUGAGCAAAUGCUGAAGGAGAAGAACGCGCCCAAGAUGACCGAUGAAGAACUGAUCGCAAUGUCGCUCAAGGGCAAGAUCCCUGGUUACGCCCUCGAGAAGACCCUUGGUGACAAGACCCGCGCUGUCAAGAUCCGCCGCGGUCUGGUAUCGCGCACACACGCUACUCGUGAGACCUCGACGCUCCUUGAACGCUCGCUCCUCCCAUACGAGAAUUACAACUACGACCUUGUUCACGGUGCUUGCUGUGAGAACGUCAUCGGUUACCUGCCUCUGCCUCUCGGUGUCGCUGGACCCAUCCUUGUCGACGGCCAGAACUAUUUCCUCCCUAUGGCUACCACCGAGGGUGUCUUAGUUGCCUCAACAUCGCGCGGUGCUAAGGCUAUCAACGCAGGCGGCGGUGCCGUCACUGUUGUCACCAACGACGGCAUGACUCGGGGACCUUGUAUUGGAUUUGACAGCUUGGCUCGUGCCGGUGCUGCGAAGAACUGGCUCGACUCUGAGGAAGGCCAGAAGACUAUGGCCGACGCUUUCAACUCAACAUCUCGCUUCGCCAGACUCCGAGCACUCAAGAGCGCCAUCGCUGGCACAAACGUCUACGUCCGCUUCAGGGCCACUACCGGUGAUGCCAUGGGCAUGAACAUGAUCUCCAAGGGUGUCGAGCACGCCCUGACCGUCAUGGCUACUGACUGCGGCUUCGACGACAUGCGCGUUGUGACUGUCUCUGGCAACUACUGUACUGACAAAAAGGCCGCAGCGAUCAACUGGAUCGACGGCCGUGGCAAGGGCGUCGUCGCCGAAGCUACCAUUCCCGGCGCCGUCGUCAAGUCCGUCUUGAAGUGCGAAGUCGAUGACCUCGUCCAAAUGAACAUCUCUAAGAACUUGAUCGGCUCCGCCAUGGCCGGUUCAAUCGGUGGUUUUAACGCCCACGCCGCCAACAUCGUCGCCGCUAUCUUCCUCGCCACAGGCCAGGACCCAGCACAAGUCGUGGAAAGCGCAAACUGCAUUACCAUCAUGAACAACGUAAAUGGCAACCUCCAAAUCUCCGUCUCCAUGCCCUCCAUCGAAGUCGGCACCAUCGGUGGCGGGACAAUCCUCGAGCCCCAAUCCGCCAUGCUCGACCUCCUCGGCGUGCGCGGCGCGCAUCAAGAAACACCUGGUGACAACGCGCGCCAGCUCGCCCGCAUCAUUGCCGCCGGCGUACUCGCUGGAGAGCUGUCAUUGAACAGCGCGCUGUGUGCGGGACACUUGGUCAAGGCCCAUAUGGCACACAACAGGAGCGCCGUCACAUCAAGGGCGCCCACUCCUGCGCCGGCUACACCAGCCGGUAAUGGAACGCAGACACCCAUUACCAACGGUGGGCCUAUUCUAAGGCGUUAGGGGGUGACCACAGAUAAAAGUUGAGGCAUGAAUGGCGUAUGGGAGUUGUUGCAUAGACCGUGGAGAAAAGCGGUUUGUUGGAUGGAUCGCAUAUAUACGUGCUUUGAGCAAGAUCUUUAGGGUGAUCGUGAGAUUGCGAUUGUACAUAACAGUAUUGCGAGAAAAUAUAUCCCCUUAUCUGUUCAUA